UACACGUAACAACACAAGAAUCUUCAAAGAAACUUCUUCAUUUGACUUGUAUAUAUAUAUCAUCAUCUCCUACAUAUACUUCUAAGCUCUCUUCUAUAUACACCUGACCCAGCAAACAAUAAAAAAAAAAAAACUUGGGAAAAAUGUAUGUAACUAGGCCUCUUUCCCUCUACAACAACAAUCCUAAUUUCUUAUCGGCACCGCCACCGGAAGGGCCGGGCUCCGGCAUUCUUGUGAUCCAAGAUGAGGCUGCCGAAGCUGAAGCAGUGUGCUGCUUGGGGCUCUGUGAAGAUUCAAGGAUCUACAAACUACCAUUUCCUCAAAACAGGAAAACUGUGAUCAGUUACACGCACACCACCGGCGCUGGUGCUCACCAGGGAACCUCUCACUCUCACCACCAAACCUCUCACGAUGAAGUUUACUUCAUUCCGGUAACCGGCCAGCCCUUAUCAUCCAACGUUUACUAUGCUAUUAUGGCCGAUGGAAGACAUAAAGGAAAAACAGCAACAUCUUCAAGAGAGGAGGAUAUGGGGACAUGCUUAUGUUUUAACUUUGUGAAUGACACCAAACCACUUUCCUUUGAUCCUACAAACACAUACCAGCAAGUAGAGAUCAUUCCUAGAGGGCGUAGAUUCACUGCCAAAGCUGUGGCUCAAGAUGGAUUCCCUCCACAUUUUCUAAGAAGAAAAGGUUGGCGAGCUAAUACUUCUAUACCAAGAAGCUUUGUCUUAGAAGGUGAAGCCAAUGGUGUUGAUAUGGCACUUCGAAGACGGUUGCCGGAUUUCGGCUCUCAUGUUGUUGUAGGGAAGUGGUACACCCCUUUCAUCUUCAUCAAAGAAGGUGAUAGGUUGAAAGAUCAAAUGAAGAAGUCUAUGUAUUAUGAGGUUACUCUUGAGCAAUUUUGGGAAGAGAUAUAUGGUUGUAACUUUCAUGGAGAAAACAAAGUGCAAGUUAGUGUAAGUGUGAGAAGGGAGAUGGCACUUUUGAAUGGGAAUGAAGUUGUAGAAGAUGAAGUUAAUAUGGUUGAUAACUUUAUUUGGUUCAAGGGUGUGAACUCAAGGGAGAGUGGGUUAGGUUUGAGCAUGGUUGUGUGGGAGAGGAUGAGAUGGGAGGAGAAUAGAUUGGGUUGGGUCAUGAGUGGUAGGGAGAAUAAAGUUAAGAAGGUUGAUAGGGUUGAGGAGUUUGAAGGUGAUGUGUGGAGGAGGUUUUCUUGUUAUGUUUUGGUUGAGAGAUUUGUUUUCAAGAGGAUGGGUGGGAGUUUGGCUUUCACAUAUGAUUUUAAGCAUGUUGAUAAAAUUAGAGUUACAUGGGAGUGAUUUUAGCCAUGUUUAUCAAUUUGUUGUUUUAUGUU